CACGCGCACCUACAGGGUAGGAACUACUUUUUAAAAUUGAACAGUGCGUCAGGACUGUAAUACAGUGACGGACCACUUCUGCUUUUGUGAUAAUCCAACAUGGCGUCCGGCGCAGAGGUGUGUGGAGCAGCCAGCGAGGAAGAAUCGACAGAAACUAUAGCGUCACAGAAGAGAGAGGAAAGACUGCGAAAGUUCCGAGAGCUUCAUUUAAAAAGAAAUGAGGCUCGGAAACUGAAUCAUCAGGAAGUAGUGGAGGAGGACAAGCGGCUGAAGCUGCCCUCCAACUGGGAGGCUAAAAAAGCCAGACUCGAGUACGAACUCAUGGUGGAUGAAAAGAAGAAGGAGUGUGCGGCUCGAGGCGAGGAUUAUCAUCGUGUGAAACUGUUGGAGAUCAGUGCUGAAGAUGCUGAGAGAUGGGAGAGGAAAAAGAAGAAGAAAAAUCCUGAUCCUGGCUUCUCAGGGUACGCCGAGGCCCAGCUAAGGCAAUACCAGAGACUUACGAAACAGAUCAAGCCUGAUAUGCAAGACUACGAAAGGCAAAGAGAGGAGUGCGGUGAAGACUUCCAUCCGACCUCCAACAGUUUGAUCCACGGAACACACGUUCCCUCUAGAGACGCCAUCGACCGCAUGCAGGAGGACAUCGAUAAACAAAUCGAGAAGCGCUUAAAAUUCAGCCGGCGCAGAGCCUACAACGACGACGCCGACAUCGACUACAUCAACGAAAGAAACGCCAAGUUCAACAAGAAAGCCGAGCGCUUCUACGGAAAAUACACAGCCGAGAUCAAACAAAACCUGGAGAGAGGAACCGCGGUGUAGCCGUCAGUGUCGUUAUCAUGGCGAGCUGCCAUUACAUCAUCUUUUUUUGUGUUUAAUGUGGUCCAUUUAUACUCUGAACACCGCUCUGAUCAGCCUUGAUGUAUAUGAACCGUUAAUCUCGUUUCCAAUUUCCAUUUUCUGGGGAAAGUUUUCAGUGCAGAGGAGUUUGUUUUGUCGUAACUUUUUUUUUAAUGACUUUUUUCUUUUUUUUUUCUUUCCAUACAAUGAAUAAAAGACAGACAGGUGAGGGAUUGUCCUUCUCUGUAUAAAGCAAGAUUUUGAUUCGUAGACAUUCUACAAUUUUAAAUUUAACUAUAACUCGUAUAUAAAACCGUCCUCUUUUAUUAUAUAAAACAUGUCGUUGCCAGAUUGCUGUGGUUAAAGUUUAGUAAUAUACUUUAUGAACUCCCAUUAAAAGAAAAAUACAUCUCUUUUGAA